AGUGUCGUUCCGUCGACACGCAGAGGCUGCAUCGGCUAUUCGUCUCUCCGUGAGAGUGUACCGCGCAGACAAGGAACCUAAACCCACAUCGACACGCACCAAGAAACACGAGGGAGAGGAAAGAGGGAUCACCACGAUGUGACAGUGACGAGCGUGCGACGCUUCCAUGAUCCGUCUCCGCUUCUCGCCCUUUUCUUACCCGCCGUGAACGGAAAAUCGGUCAGGAAGCCGAGUACUACCCCGUCCUCGAAGUUCGUCAACGAGCUUCGUCCGGAUUCUUCAAAGCGUUCAACCGGCCUCUCGUUGGCAACUUUGGUCUUGACAGGUUCGACGGAGGCACGACCUGUGACCUUGUAUCGUGAAACACGAAGACGAACCGUGACAGAGGAAAGUGAAACGCAGUGGACGCAGUGACAUAAUAGUGUGUCGUAGGGCGGAUCGUUAGGUUGACGUUCGAGACGAUGUAACGACGUUGAUAGUUACGAAACGACCGAACGAACGUAUCCGAGUUCACACGAACUGUUUCUUUCAAUUCUCCACUGCUAGGGUUAGCUUAACGUCGGUUCGUUUUCGCCUGUGGUAGAGCGGCAUAAUAUUACGCGAAUGAAAAAGAGAAGAGACGCGUGCUCGGUGGUUGAGCAACGAAUUCGAGACUUGUACGUUCCCAGGGGAACCGGUCGCCGGGCAGAGCGCGUGGAUAUGGUAACGAGGCAUUGUGCAAGGUCGGUAUGAACGGAGACUAAGGUCAGCUGGUACAGAUCGAUAUCCCGAAAUUGUCUCGGCAUAGUUGCCUCGUACGCGCGCCGCUUGUGAGAUCAGUGGUGUUUCGGGGGACGGCGGAAAUAGUGCGGAAGCGUGCUCGAGCGAGAAAAAAUUCGGCCGAUCGUGGAAAACGAAAGACGGGAGGAUGGAUGGCUGGAAGAGCUGGAAAAGGGCGGAGAAUUCGUUUCUCACAGCAUGGUAUCAGCGUGUCACAGAGUCUUACGUGGCGACAUGGUUCUUCGGGGUGUUUCAGACCAGCAGGAUGUCGACGAGCACCGCCACCGGAGGUGGAGGCGGCGGCGGGGGAGGAGGAGGAGGAGGAGGAGGAGGUAGUGGUGGCGGCGGGGGAGGGGUCGGAGGUGCCCUGACAUUGAUGGGCUGCGUCAGGGAAGCGUCGCCCCCGCCGCAGAAUCAUCAAAAUCAACAUCAUCGAACGCACGGCCUCGGCGAGUACUCGGCACAGAACAGCGUCGAUCCGCUACCAAAAGAGCCAAAGAAGCGCCGUUUCCAUCCGCUUCGUGGCCUCAGGAGAAUCUUUCGGCGUAAAAGUCGAGGACCUGCGGAUGCUCGAGUAGUCGCCAGCCAUGUUGAUCGAGAUGCGGAAAUCGUACGACUUCCGAGGGAAGACAUCACCGACAGACAUCCUGCGGGACGUCCCGAAGAGGCUCGCAGCAGGAGCGCCAGCGAGUUACUCACGGACUCGUGCGAUCGAGACAGCGGGCAAACCGCAUCGAGAAGGUGCAGGUUGACGACAUCCUGCAAGUCGCACCGCUCCUUCAAACACGUGUUCCUCAGGAGGACGGGCAUGGAGGAUUCGUUUGUGAAACUGCGAGGAGGAGCCGUAAAAUUGUCCGUUUCGCACGACAGCGUUUUCCCCGGAGAAGUUCCUCACACUCGACCUCUCUCGUCGCUGGCCAGCCUAGCUACCCUCGAGCGGAGGCAAACGAGAAAGAGCAACGAGAUCGAGCACAAGGAGUACAAUCAACACGUCGUGCAGAGGCACAGGAUAUCUCUUCGGGUGCUCGAGCAAAUAAAGACGGUCAUAGAGAACCGGAACCAGCUAGCCUCGGCGACCUCCUCGGAUACCACGAGCACCAUACACGCUGUCGGUGAACGUUAUCAGCAGGAAACCGCCGAGAAUCGUUUCAUCGGCUUCGAGAAGCAGACUAAGAACGGAGAAGAAAAUCAAGCGAAGGGCUCAAAAUCGCCAAAGGACACCAUCGAUCAUAUUAUACCUGUGGCCAAAGAAGAUUUACCGCAACUGGAAAGCGCCAGUUUGAACCAUACAGCGGCACAUCACCGAAUUGCGGUUCGACCCAAAAACCGGAGGCCUCCGAGGCGUACUGGCUCUCAAGCUGCCAACACAUCCACGUCGACGAUCACGACCAUAGCGGAGGAUUCGUUGGACAGCUUGGACCAGCAAACGGUCAGCGUGAACAGCAAUGCGUCUUCACCGACUGAACCGAAGAACGUGUCUAUCACGAGGAAAUCUUCGAGUAGAUUGUCGCGUGCGUCGGACAUUUUCGAGCAACUGGAAGCUAAACUUCCUAGAAAGCCAUCUAGCGUGGCCUCUUUGUCCCCGGACAGCCUGGACGCCGUGACUGCCCCGAGAGCGAGCGUCGAAGUGAACGACGACUUGGAGAAGCAGCCAGAAGUUCGAUCGAUCGUCAGGAAAGCGUCGAAUCGAACACCAAAGAAUACAGAAAUGUUCGAAGAGCUGGAAUCGAAGCUACCUCGAAGGAGAUCCUCCAACAGAUUGUCGAAAUCGCCUGACAGUCUAGAAGUGGCUCCCACUUGGUUCUCCAAAUCUACGGACGUCUUCGACAAAUUAAUGGAGUACGAACAAGGGAAACCCGUGACUCGAAGACUGCUAAACCCGAUCUCGAAGUCGAUCGAUCGCGUGUCCAAGUCUUCCGACAGCCUAGAAGCGAUAGAGGCGUUAGCCAGCGACGAAUCCAUCGAGCGUAGGAGGAGCAGCUUUGAGUUGCGCGCUCGCAGAUCCUCCAAGAACAUAUCAAAGUCGUCGGAGAAUUUCGAGGUUUUGGAGCAAACGCAGAUUGGAACGGAGACUGUUCAAGAACUGCAGAAGAGGAGUAGCAUUUCGGAUAUAAAUCUGUCUCGGGGAAGAAGGUUAUCGAAGAGUACGUCCAAGUCGUCGGAGGAUUUCGAGAGGAUCGAGAUAAGCGAGCCGAAAGACGAGGGGGAAAAUAUCGGAGAUAGUUUCGGGAAAUGCUGCAGGAGAUCCUCGAAACGUAUGUCGUCCGAAAGCUCUGACAAUUUGGAGUCGGAUGACAGAUUAGAAAACAGGAGAAUCAGAAGAACACCAAAAAGAAUACCGAGCACCAGUUACGUGGACAUCGUCCCAACGGACGAUGGAGAGGAAGAGAAAAGACCGAUCACGGUUAGGAAGCCAGCCAGGCUUCAGAAAUCGUCCGAAAGCUCGGAGCUUGGCAGUACGGAUACGUUGGAUUCUGAGAGGAGGAAUAAGUCGUCGGAGAGUACCGAAACUCUGGACAGUUUGGAGAGAGAUUUGGAUCAGGAUAGGAAACACGAAGAUCUCGCGGACGCUGUUGCGGACAGACGCGACAAAAAUGAUCCUUGGACCAAUAAACCUCUAAUGACGUCGCAUUCGGAACAAAUUUCAAUGGCGGACGGCACGGAGGACUCCAAAUCCUUGAUCUCAUCGGACAAAUUUUACUGGCGUCAAUCGUCGGAAUCGAAGGAGAACAUCGACAUUCAUCAAUUAUUAGCCAUCACUAUAGUUACCAGAAUGGCCGACAACGGCAAUAACCAACGAAGCUCUGUGAUUUAUCCUAAGAAGAAGCAACAGAUCACCACGUCACAGCCUACCUCGCCAGUCGCUAAGCAAGAAGAUAACAAGAUGAUCUUCGACAAUCUCCUCGUUAGUAAGAACGACGAAGAUUUACAAAACAUGUUAAACGGCAAUAUAUCCGAAGUAUCCACGGACACGAAGAGUUUCAAGGAGAAACUAAUCAUGUUCGAGAAACUCGGCAAAUGAACACUACACACAUCUACACACGUAAUUAAUUAACAGGCACGCGUUUGAUUGAUUUUCGCCUGUUUAAUGGGAAAAAAGGAUACAUAAGAAGAGAAACUGGUCGAAACUAUGCAAAGCCUUUUUUUCCUAUGUAAACUUUUUUAUAUCUGGAUUUUAUUUGUAGACUGAAUAAGCUGAAGGAAACGAAAUACGAACGAAGACGUUCGACUGGUUAAGACUAUAAGAUGGACAAUAAUGUAAAUUAUUUACUUCAAA